AUGAGUUUCAGUCCCUCAUCUUUACAAUGAGAAGGUCUUCAUUUUGGAAAGGAACCACUGCAAUCAUUCUUAUCCAGACUCUGAUUUUAAUUUUUCUGCUGCAGUUAAGAGAUGACAGCAAGUGUUCCAAGGAAAAGCCAGAACAAAUUCACAUCCUUAUUAUCUCAUCUUGGAGGUCAGGAUCCUCAUUUGUUGGGCAGAUAUUCAAUCAGCACCCUCAAGUGUUUUACCUAAUGGAGCCAGCUUGGCAUGUAUGGAUGUCAUUGCGAAGAAGUAAUGCUAAGGUUUUACAAAUGGCAGUUCGAGACUUGUUACGAUCAGUUUUUCUGUGUGACAUGUCUGUUUAUGAUGCUUACCUACAUACAAACAAAAGCAACUCUAAUUUAUUCAUGUGGGAAGUUAGCAGAGCACUCUGUUCCCCUCCUGUCUGCAAUUUAUUCCAACAUACAGACAUUAUUAAGGAAGUAGGAUGCAAACUUGUCUGCAAAAAUCAACCAUUUCAUAAAGUUAGAGAAGCCUGCAAGUCAUACAGUCAUGUUGUCUUGAAAGAGGUGAGGAUAUUCCACUUAAAUGCAUUAUAUCCUCUUUUAUCAGAUCCAUCAUUAAACCUAAAAAUUAUCCAUCUUGUCCGUGACCCUAGGGCAGUCUUCAGCUCUCGUGCAAGAACAACACGUCUACUAAGUGCAGAUAGUUGGCUUAUUGCAAAUUCUUUCAAUAAUAACACAGAAUAUACUGUGAUAAAAGAGGUCUGUAGAAGCCACAAGAAGAUUUAUGAAACAGCCACUGAAGGUACCAUUAGCUUUUUAAAGGAUCGAUAUAUGUUGCUUCGUUAUGAAGACUUGGUCAAAGACCCCAUCACAAAAGUAAAGGAGAUGUAUAAUUUUGCCGGCCUAGGCCUGACACCAGUGAUUGAAGCUUGGAUCAAUGAAACAACAAAAGAGAAUAAUGCAAUAAAAUAUAAUGCUGUUUUCAGAACUGGUCCACGGAAUGCAGUAAAUGUCUCUCAGGCAUGGAGGAAUACUUUGUCUUUUGAAAAGAUUGAAGAGGUGCAAAACAUUUGCAAAGAAUCCAUGGAACAUUUUGGGUAUCGACUACUUGAGUCUGAAAAUGAACAGAAGCUAAUGUCAUUGGAUGUACUGCUCCCAAUGAAUCAUUCAUUUAAAGUGUAAACUAGAUACUGUAGCUAUUGCCUUGAAAAUAUCAUUGCAAUUAUAUGAGUACAUCAACCAGUGCCUGGAACUUAUCAAGACAAUCCAUUUUGUUUAAGUUAAUUGCCAGACUUACAUAAUAUAUUAGCUGAAAUUUAGAAAGUCUAGUUUCUAAUGUAUGUGUCAAUCUUUCCUUAUGAAGUCUCUCAGAGUAACCGAGUUUCUUGCUUAAGUAUAAUGCCAAGCACUGCCUUUCAAUUUGUGUUUAUUACUUUACUGUACAUUGACAAGCUAUAUCCAAAUUAAUAUAUCCAAGGAAGUUUCAGUGUCCGCAGACAAGGAAACAGUCAGAAUGAAGAUAUUGCAUGCCCAUACACCCUGCUGUGGUUGUUGUGCUUUUGUGCUUUUACUUCAACACCAUCUGGCAGUAAAAAAUGGUUGCACAUCCCCAUGUGGUAUCAGCUCACAUAUCGAAGGGUAAUGGCAUGCAAACUUGAGGCUUUGAAUGAUGUUUGUAGCAUUUAAAAAGAGUCGUCUGAAGGUAAUUUAGGUUCACUAGUGACAACCUUUACUUACA